GUUGGGGCGGGUUUGGCGAGGCGUGUGGAGAGAACAUGGAGAACGGCUUGUGGUCAUGGAUCAAGGAUUUUGGGAGAUGGUUUCAGGGUGGGUCGACAACCAUGUCGGAGACGACCGAUGACCACCCACCAUCAUCUCGAUUUGAAGAUGUUGCUGAGAUGUUCGGCGCAUGUUGGGACUUUUUGUGUGGCUAUGAUCGCCAGCCUUGCCUCUCUAAGGAUUGAAUCCCACACACACACCCUUCU